AUGGACGAGCAAGCUACAGAGAAGCCUUCGGGCGCCAUCUCGCCAAAGACCAUGCCCGACCACGUAGAGAUCCCUACCAAACUGACAACGACUUCCAGUUUGGAAGAGCUCCAGACGGAUGAGCAACGGAGAAUCCUCGAUACGAUCACUCAAGUUCGAAAGUGUGGCCUGGAAAGUAUCAUCUCCCUUCCCCAGAUCGUCGUCUGCGGAGACCAGUCGGCAGGCAAGAGCUCUGUUCUGGAGGCGCUGACAGAAAUCCCCUUUCCCCGCAACGACAACCUGUGCACACGCUUUGCCACCGAGAUCAGCCUGCGGCAUGAAUCUCGCGACAACUUCACUAUAUGUGUGAUCCCUGACAAUGCUCGACCUGAAGAGGAGCAGAAAAAGAUAAAGGCGUUCUCACAGUCGAUCACCGACUUUAGCGAGUUGCCAGCUGUGAUGGAAGAUGCUAUGAAGGUCAUGGGGAUUACUGACUCCGAGCAGAGCUCUGGCGGUGCUUUCUCGAGGGACACACUCAGCAUCGAGAUGUGUGGUCCCAAAUGCCCCCACCUGACCCUGGUCGACAUCCCAGGAUUGAUCCAGACUUCCACGAAAGGAGUCUCCGACGCCGAUGUUGCGCUGGUUGCCGAGAUUACCGACCAUUACAUUUCCCAGCCCCGGACAAUCUGCCUGGCAGUAGUGUCAGCGACACACGACGCAGCGAAUCAGCCGAUCCUCCAACGCGCCCGAACGUUCGACAAGCAUGGAGAGCGUACUUUAGGUGUGAUAACCAAGCCCGAUAGGUUAGCGGCAGGAUCGGGAGCGGAGACCAGCUUCCUAGGACUUGCCCGCAACGAAGAUGUCUUUUUCAAGCUCGGAUGGCAUGUCGUCAAGAAUCGGCAGUUCGAAGAGCGUAGCUUCUCACUCGAGGAGCGCAACUUUUCCGAGAUGACGUUCUUCCGCACGUCCGACUUCAAGCGGCUGCCGAAGGAAACGGUAGGCAUUGAUGCCUUGCGUGUGAGACUUAGCCACCUUCUAUUUGAGCACGUGAAGAACGAACUUCCACGCCUCAAGGACGAUCUCGAGCGCGCGUUGGAGGCUGCAAUGAACGACAUGAAGAUCCUAGGCGAUGCAAGGUCGACUGUGGCCGAUUGCCGUGCCUAUUUGGUACAGCUCAGUAUGGACUGCCAUGAGAUUUGCAAGGCCGCCCUGAACGGGAACUACGAACACGAUUAUUUCAAGGCCGGAAGUGGUGAGCCAUUCUCUCUGGACUCCGGAAGCACCAUUGCUCGAUUUCGAGCCGUCGUGCAAUACAUGAACAAGAGGUUUGCAGAUCAUCUUCGAACCGAAGGGCACAAGUACCAGAUCAACCUCGCCGGGUCAAACGAAGAUGAAGCUCGAGCAGAAGAUGCUCCUACAGCUGCACCAAAGGCGCUCUCGAAGAAAGGAGCCAUGGAGUGGGUUAAAAAGAUGCUCCUACGAUCUAGAGGCACCGAAUUGCUAGGAAACUUCAACCCUCAUCUCAUUGGGGAACUGUUUUGGGAGCAAUCAGAAGGCUGGGGGAAUUUGGCCAACGAUCACAUAGAACAAGUCAGCCAAAUUUGCGACAAGUUUCUAGCCCAGCUGUUGCAGCAGAAGGCACCACAGGACGUCAAAGAUCGGCUCUGGUCCUCUACCAUGCUGGAUGCGCUGAAAGAACGCCGCAAGGCCGCCAUGGGCGAGCUGGAGAAUCUUGUCAGGGACAAGAAGGAUUUUCCUAUCAACUAUAACCAUUACUACACAGAGAAUCUUCAUAAGCGGCACCGGGAAAGAAUGAAGGCCAGAGUGCUACGUCUUCUGCCGGGUGGUACACCACAUACCUCAUAUGAGAAGUGCAGCAGGGGAGAGCAUUUCUCUCGGUACGACGUUGAGGUCGACCGAAUUGUCUCUGCGUGCAGCCAAAGCACAAUGCCCGAUAUGGAAGAUCUCAGCUGCGAGGAGGCACUGGAUUGCCUCCUGUCGAUCUACAAGGUGCAGCAGAAGACAUUCGUCGCGAACGUCGUAACCCAGGUCAUUGAGAGACAUAUCCUCAGAGACCUUGACAAGGUCUUCUCGCCCAUGGUCGUUACUCGGAUGAAUGACAGUGAAGUCGAGGCGAUUACUUCUGAGCCCCCAGCCACCAAACGCCAGAGGGUUUUCCUCACUGACCGCAUGAAGAAGCUUGAAGACGGCCGUGAUAUCUUCCGUGGAGUCUUGGGCUCCGCUCCCGCAGCGUCAUGA